AUGUCCUUCCUGUGUGUGUAUUCUUGCCUUCAGGAAGUGCUCGUUGCGCGUGGCUGCCGACAGUCACUCAAGCAGCUGCACGUGCGCUUUGGUUCCUUCUACCGCAUCGACCGCCACACCUUUCCCGUCUUGCUGGCCCUGGACCGGCUGGUCGGCGCGUGCUGCCGACAGGACGCCCCACUCACCUUUGAGUCCCCAGACGCCAUAUUUGACCUCGCCAUCUUCUACCACACCGAAUUCCCCACCGACCCGUCACCCUCAUUUAAGACCAUGAUCCAACAGCUGGCCCAGCAGGCCACAUCGGUGGAGUACCUCUUCACUCAGGACGGCCUCGCCGACCCGCACACCGACCCGAGCCAACCGGCCAUCGACAUUGCGUCCAGCCUCUCAUUCGACGAGGCCGUGUGGGUUGAGGUCAGGGAUGCCCUCGGCUUCCAUCCCCCGGCCAACACCCCAUCGCCCCGUCCCACCAUCAUCACCCACCUCAAGCCAUUCCCGAAAGCCUCACAGCUGGUCGUCGCGAGCGGAUUGGGUGGUGCUGUUGGCGAGCUGCUGGCCGCCAAGAUGCCCAAGGAGGUGCGGGGGGUGGACGUCGAAAGGGGGUUGGGUGGUGAGGAGAAGGUGGGUGUGUUGACGGCGCUGGGGAGGGAGAGGGAGGUGGAUACGGUGGUGAUGGGGGAGGUCGGGGUCGACCAGCUGGUGGGGGCGGCCGACAGCUUGCCGACUAUCAAACGACUACAAUUCAACAUCACACGUACGCCGGGAGAGGAUGGCAGUGUGUCCUUCCGUUCUCAUCUCUCCCGUGUGUGUGUUCCCCUUCAGUGCCCGAUGAUGUGGAGGACACGGGCAGCUUCGUCCGCACCCGCCUCUCGUCGGUCAUCCCGCACAUCAGGGGCCUCCAGGGCGUCACGCUGCGGGUCCAAAAGACGACAGCUGAGCAGCAUGAUUCCAUCACCGCGUCCCUCCCUGUGGGCGUCAACAUCGGUGCCUUCUGCGUCUCAAUCAGAAACGUGCACCGCGGGAGGGACUUCACGAGCAUUCAUCUAGUCCUCAAUGCCUAAAGGUGAGUGAACGGCGUUCAUUCAAACGAAGGUCGGUCUGAUUGUGUGACCAUCUUCACGUCUGUCUGUGUGUGCAGGGUGGUGGUGGUCGUGUCUGUCAGGCCGACCAUUGUGUGUGGUGGAUCAUUCGCAGCGGAGGGGCAGUGGGACCCUUCUUAGCUGACGACAUUCACUGGCUGCAUAGCAUAGCUGCGAUGUGUGUGUGUGUGUGUGUGUAUGUGUGGGUGCAUGGCUGUACAGAUUGCCGGACGGGAACCGCCUGAUGCGGGCGUGGGAGUGAGCACAUCACACACAGACUCCUGCUGUGUGUGGUGGUGCUGCAUGAUGGAUGCGUCGAUGGUAUAUCUCGCUCGUCUGUCUGUCUGUUUGUCUCUUGGCAUUUGCUCGUAUCAGUGUGCCUGCUUGCCUGCCUGCCUGUCUGCCUCGCUCGAUCCUUUGUGCCGUCUGGCCCCUUCCUCUCCUCAGUCCCCCUUAGUGGCAGACAGCAGCGGCAGAGGGGAGAUGGACGAGCACAGGAAGGCAAGGCACACACACGGUGGGCAGAUUCAAGUGUGAGGGCGGUAGCCGCCGAUUGGGGACCCGCGCACACACAAACAGACAGACAGACAGCCACACAAACAGACAGACAGCCACACAAACAGACAGACAGAGAGACAAUCAGACAGACGGAGAGACAAAUGGAUGUCUUUGCUCGCCAUGAAUGAGAGAGACGGUGCGCCUGUCCGUUGGUUGGGCGUGUUGCACUUUUGUGUUUGCGAUGGACGGAAUGCCCGGCUGUUGUCAGAAGUGAAGAGCCUUCGCUGAUCGCAUCCGCCCAGAACGAACACGCCGACAUCACACGGCGUCUUCCUGUCUAUCUCUUCUGACGCGCUCGCUAGAUGAGAGACAUCAGAGCUUUGCAAUGGUUUGCAAUGAAC